CCCCCCCCAACCCCGCACCCCACACCCCACUUGGAGCGCGGCUUUCCGAAGUUGUGGAGGGCAAGCCGGUGGCAAACGAUUGCAGCCUUUGUGGUUUUCUGGGUUUAUUAAGGAGCCUGUUGAACGUUUCACAGCUGCAGAAUGUGUUGACCAUCCAGUGAAGACUCUCAGUUUCUCCAAAGGCUAACAGGCCAUGUUUGUCCCCCGGUCGCUGAAGGUGAAAAGAGUGGAAGAAGGCGAAGGCCAAGCUGCCAAGAAAAGUAAAGUCCUUUGCGAUGAUUCGGGGGACACUGAGCAGUCCCAGGGGGUCAGGGAAGAUCCUGAGUCCACUGCCGGUCCAGAGGAGGAGGAGGAGGAGGAGGAGCCAGUGAAGCAGCUGAGCAAAGUCCAGCGCUGGCCAGAGCCAGGAGAACCGGUCUGCUCAGUGUGUGGCCGGUACGGUGAAUAUAUCUGCAAUGAGACUGACAGCGAUGUGUGCAGCCUGGAGUGUAAAGCCCAGAAUCUGCAGCGUUUGGGAUUGGGGGCUCCAGCACCCGUUGCUGAGGCACAGCCCAGCCUGCAGCCGGAGGAGCAGCCUGGCAACUACGUGGAGCACCCAUUUAUCUCCAGCCUGAGGGCCGAACAGGUGGAGGCCCUGCAGCACCAACUUGGCAUUGCCGUGUCGGGCCCGGCUGUCCGGCCCAUUGUGGAAUUUGAGCAUUGCGGCUUCCCCGAGACCCUGAACGGGAACCUGGCGAGGCUGGGCUACCUGAGCCCUACCCCGGUACAGAUGGAGAUGCUGCCACAAGGCUUGGUGGGGAAAGAUGUCCUGGCAGCAGCGGACACUGGCUCAGGAAAAACUGCGGCUUUUCUGCUUCCAGUUAUCAUGGCAGCAAUGCGAGAGAACAAGAAGACUUCAGCCCAGCAGCCGACUGGACUGAUCCUGACUCCGACACGUGAACUUGCCAUUCAGAUCGAAGGGCAGGCCAGGGAGCUGAUGAUGGGUUUGCCCAACAUGAGAACUGCACUGCUGGUCGGGGGAAUGCCUUUACCCCCACAGCUGCACCGCCUCAAACAAAGCAUUCAGGUCAUUAUAGCAACCCCGGGGCGGCUGCUGGAAAUUCUAAAGCAAGAAGCUGUCAGCCUGUGUGGAGUGCAGGUUGUGGUGGUGGAUGAGGUUGACACCAUGUUGAAGAUGGGAUUCCAGCAGCAGGUGUUGGACAUUCUGGAGAAAAUGCCCUCUGAGCAUCAAACGAUUUUGGUCUCUGCUACCAUCCCAGCAGGUAUCGAGCAGCUGGCCGGCCAGUUCCUGCAGGACCCAGUCAGGAUCACAGUUGGAGAGAUGAACCAGCCUUGUUCUAAUGUCCGUCAAAUUAUCCUGUGGGUAGAGGAACCGUCCAAGAAGAAGAAGCUGUUUGAGAUUUUGAACGAUGGCAAGCUCUUCCAACCCCCUGUGCUGGUGUUUGUGGACUGCAGACUGGGAGCUGAUCUCCUGUCAAAUGCUGUGCAGACAGUCACAGGCCUGAAAACAGUGGCCAUUCACUCAGACAAGGUCCAGUGUGAACGGAAUCAGAUUCUGCAGGGUCUGCUUCAAGAUGACUAUGAGGUUGUUGUUAGCACAGGAGUCCUCGGCAGAGGACUGGACCUCGUCAAUGUCAGACUGGUUGUGAACUUUGACAUGCCGCCUACCAUGGAUGAAUAUGUGCAUCAGGUGGGGAGAGCAGGACGGUUGGGUCACCAGGGAACAGCAAUCACCUUUGUGAAUAAUAGCAGCAGCAAGCAUUUCUUGGAAUUGGUGAGACGGGUGAAGCCAACAGGUACACUGCUGCCUCCACAGCUCCUUAACUCGCCCUAUUUAAAUGAGCAACAGCGUAGAGAACAACUGAGAAACAAGCAGCGAGCACAGCAAGAUGUGGUGACUGGGAAGAGUCUGAUUGAUAUCAUCAGAAAGCACGACCGGUGUGCGCUGCAGAAACGAUAAGCUGUGACCUGUGGUGAGAGGACAGGCUGGGCUCCUUGUCUCUGGGUUCAUUUUCCAUUGCUCCACCAUUGUUGCAUUGAAUCCGGGUACAGGCAUACCACAUUACACAUUACAAAACCGGGCAGAGGGAUAUAAUUAAAAUGAUGUUUUUAAGUAUUCUGUAUGAGGUGUGUAUACUUGUCUAAUGCUGUAAAUAAAUAUAUUGCUGAUAAUUUA